GUUGUUUUGCUGCAUCUGGAGACAUGGGAAGCAAGAAAUUAAGACGAGUGGGUUUGUCACAAGAGAUGUGUGAUCGCCUAAGCAGACAUCAGAUUGUUACCUGCCAGGACUUUCUUUGUCUUUCACCUCUGGAACUUAUGAAGAUGGUUGGCCUUAGUUAUCAAGGUGCCCGUGAACUUCUACAUGUAGUUAGCAGGGCCUGUGCCCCACGUAUGAAAACGGCUUAUGAGCUAAAGACACAGAGCUCUGCUCUCUCACCUGCAUUCUUACCGACAACUCUUUCUGCUUUGGAUGAAGCCCUGCAUGGUGGUGUGGCUUGUGGAUCCCUCACGGAGAUUACAGGUCCACCUGGUUGUGGAAAGACACAGUUUUGUAUGAUGAUGAGUGUUGUGGCUACAUUACCCACUGGCCUGGGAGGAUUAGAUGGAGCUGUUGCAUAUAUCGACACAGAGUCAGCAUUUAGUGCUGAGCGUCUGAUUGAGAUAGCAGAGUCUCGUUUUCCCAGUUAUUUUGACAACGAAGAAAAGUUACUUUUGACAAGUAGUAAAGUGCAUCUUUAUCGCGAGCUGAGCUGUGAUGAAGUUCUACAAAGGAUUGAAUCUUUGGAAGAAGAAAUUAUUUCAAAGGGAGUUAAGCUUGUGAUUAUUGACUCUAUUGCUUCUGUGGUGAGAAAGGAGUUUGAUACGCAACUUCAGGGCAACAUGCGAGAGAGAAACAAGUUCUUGGCAAGAGAAGCUGCCUCCUUGAAGUAUUUGGCUGAGGAGUUUUCAAUCCCAGUUAUCUUGACGAAUCAAAUUACAACCCAUCUGAGCGGAGCCUUCGCUUCUCAGGCAGACCUGGUGUCUCCAGCUGAUGAUUUGUCCCUGUGUGAAGGCCCUUCUGGAUCCAGCUGUAUGGCAGCAGCCCUGGGAAAUACCUGGAGUCAUAGUGUGAACACCCGACUGAUCUUUCAACACCUUGGUUUAGAAAAAAGACAGAUUCUCAUCGCCAAGUCUCCUCUAGCUCCCUUCACCUCAUUUAUCUACACCAUCGAAGAAAAAGGCCUGGUUCUUCAAGGCCAACAGAGGCCAUCGGACACUAUGACCUUUGUCUAAAGCUGACGAAAUGUGAUUUGUGAAAUGAAACAGGACCUUGCUGCUUGGAAGAAGGAAACGGAAGACAACAUAAUGGGGAUUAAUUAGUUGAUUGCUGUUGAGAUGGUAACAGAUUUGCCCCUGUACCACUGGAGCCACUGGGCAGGACAGUGAAGAUGAAGAAGCCUUUGUUCAAGUCUCAAGAUGCAUGGGGCUGAAGGCUUUGCAGCCGUGGAUGUCAACAGCCUAAUAAUAAUAAUAAUAAUUUGCACUUAUAUAGCACCUUUCAACUAAGCAUCUCAAAGCAAUUUAACCACAUUAAUUAAUUAAAGCCCACAAUCCCCCCUUGGGAAAGGAGGAGGAUGACGAACAGGAUUUGUAAUGACAGGAAAGAACAUUGUCGAAUAAAGUAUUGUCCACCAAAUAAAAGGAGUAGGUGUAAA